CAGUGCAGGGAGCAAGAAGGGUCUCGAGGAGAGGAGAGUCUCAAGAAGCAAGUACAGAUACUGCGAUGGUGCCACUCUACGCUAUUCUUGUGUUUUUCAGCAAAGUGUGUGGUCUGCUUGGGAAGAGUGUAGUUCAGCCUAACACGCUUGUGACAGCUGAGCAUGGAGGUACUGUGACUCUCGUAUGUUUCCAUUCUACAGAAGAUGUGAUAUUAAUCAGCUGGUUAAAGCAACCUCUUGGACAGAAGCCUCAGCUUGUAGCAACUGCGUCAAGAUUUGGAUCAGAUGUUACAUUUCCAAAUGAGUUUAAGAACAGCACACGUCUCAGACCUAAAGGAACGAAGGGAAACUUUAACCUGACUAUCUCACAAGUAGAGCCAUCUGAUUCAGCAACAUACUACUGUAUAACGUCUACAACCUUCAAUGGGAUUAGUUUUGGAGAUGGAACUACUUUAAUGGUGAUGGAGUCCCAGAGCAGGACAGUAGUACUCCAGCAGCCCGAGUCUGAGUCAGUGCAGUCAGGAGACUCUGUGCCUGACUCUGUGCAGUGUACAGUGCACACUGAGACCUGUGCAGGAGAACACAGUGUGUACUGGUUCAGACAGGCCUCAGGAGAGUCCCCUCCAGGAAUCAUUCACACCCAUGGACACAGGAGUGAUGAGUGCCAGAGGAGCUCUGGGACUGUGUCUCCCACACAGAGCUGUGUCUACAACUUCCCCAAGAGGAACCUCAGCCGCUCUGAUGCUGGGACUUAUUACUGUGCUGUGGCCACCUGUGGAGAGAUCCUGUUUGGGAACGGGACCAAACUGGAUGUUGAGGGAGCAAAAGCAGUGAGAAUUCCAGAGUGUCGAGAGGAAACAAUGAAUUACGCUGCUUUGUCUUUCACCAAGAAACCCAAAGUGAGGAGGAAUAAGAGGGAAGUGCAGGAAGAAACGGUUUACUCUGAUAUGAGAUUUACACACCACAAGUGA